GAAUUGAAAAAUAGAGGCAUUUGAAGAAUUUAAAUAGUGCAGAUAAAUGGUUUUUCUAACAGCAUUACGACUAACAAGAGCUCGAGGACCUGACGAAUGGUGGAGGAAGCGUAAAGUCUUUAAAUUAGCUGCAUUUUUCUACGGAAGAAGGAGAAAUUGCUAUAGCCUUGCCAUACGUUCAUUACACAGAGCAUUGGUGUAUGCUACUAAAUCAAGAGCUCUAAAAAAAAUGGACCUGAUUGAAUUAUGGAAGCAAAGAAUUUCUGGUGGUCUUGAAAGUCAUGGCUUAGAAUACUGGCAAUUUAUGGAUGGACUACACAAAAGCAACAUCCAGCUGAAUCGAAAAGUGUUGGCAGAUUUAGCUGCUUUUGAGCCUGCUACUUUUGAGUCACUCUCAAAAAUUGCAUUAGAUGUUAAAGAAGCUGAGAAUGAUGAAAACAGUAAUAAGAAUUAGGUUGUCAUUUAAUAACAUAAAAAUGCAUAAAAAUAGGAA